GCCGAGCGGCUGUUUUCCGGGUUCACCCUCACUCAGCAUGUAGAGGAGGCGGCCCGCCGGGAGACACCUGGACCACCGCGGACACACCGGAGCCCCGACGCGCACGGGACCGACCCAUCCGCACCUAUCGACCCGCUAACAGUGAAGCAUGGGGAACCUGAUCAAGGUGUUAACCAGAGACAUCGACAACAAUGGUGGAAACUUCUUCCUGGACUUUGAGAACGCCCAGCCCUCUCAGUCGGAGACGGCAGUGUGGGAGGAGGUGAACCAGGUCCUGACGGAGGCUCGGGUCGUCCUGGAAGACCUGCAGACCUACAGAGGAGCAGGAGAGGAGAUACGACAGGCGAUCCAGAGUCCUGGAGUGGAGGGGGUCCAGGAGAAAGCCUGGUCAGCUGUGGUUCCUCUGGUCGGAAAACUGAAAACCUUCUACGAGUUCUCCCAGAAGCUCGAGUCCAGUCUGCGGUGUCUCCUGGAUGUCCUGACCAGCUCCUCGUCCACCCCCACCCAGCACCUGGAGCAGAAACAGUCUCUGGCUCGCCAGUUCGCCCACAUCCUGCACUUCACGCUGCGCUUCGACGAACUCAAGAUGACCAACCCGGCCAUCCAGAACGACUUCAGCUACUACCGCAGAACCAUCAGCCGCAUGCGGAUCAACAACCUGUCUGCCGACGCAGGAAAUGAGGUCAACAACGAGAUGGCCAAUAGGAUGUCUCUGUUCUACGCCAGUGCCACACCGAUGCUGAAGACGCUAAGUGACGCCACGUCAAAGUUUGUCUCAGAUAAUCCAGACGUCCCGAUCGAAAACACGACCGACUGUCUCAGUACGAUGGCCAGUGUGUGUAAAGUGAUGCUGGAUACACCGGAGUAUCGUACUCGUUUCACCAGUGAGGAGACGGUGUUGUUCUGCCUCCGUGUGAUGGUCGGAGUCAUCAUCCUCUACGACCACGUUCACCCAGCUGGAGCCUUCGUCAAGACCUCCAAUAUAGACAUGAAAGGCUGCAUCAGAGUGCUGAAGGAGCAGCCGCCCAGCGGUGUGGAGGGAUUACUCAACGCUCUCAGGUAUACGACCAAACAUCUGAACGACGAGACGACCUCCAAGCAGAUCAAACACAUGCUCCUGCCAAAUUAACUUUGCCGCCGGACGCCAAACUGGAACCAAAACAGGGAGCCUAAAGCGCUGUGGUCCACAUUUCAAAAGAAACUACUGAACAAAACAUUUAGCUAAUAUUUCUGUGUUUUAAUUUUAAUUAAAGCGUAACUCUUGCCAAAAUGCAACCUAGAGUCUUUUUGUGAAUA